AUGAAGAAAAAAUUGGAAAUCAUAAACUUGGGUAUGAAGACUGGAGACAGCCUGAAGAUCAAGGGCAAGAUAUCUGAUGAUGCUGAGCAAUUCAGCAUCAAUCUCGGCUGCAGCUCGUCGGAUCUGGCACUUCACUUCAAUCCCCGCUUCGACGAGUCUGUCAUCGUCUGCAACUCCAGGUGCUCCAAAGUCUGGGAGGCAGAGCAUCGUGAAGAUCACCUCUGUUUCUCCAAGGGCUCUACUAUCAAGAUCGACAUUGAAAUGAAGGCAGACAAAUUCGAAGUGAAGCUACCGGAUGGGCAUGAAGUGGAGUUCCCCAACCGGCAUUGCUACGACAAGAUCAGCUACAUGAGCAUCAAGGGGGACUUCAGGGUCACCUCCUUCAAACUGGGUUGA